CGCCUCCGCAACCUCAUCAGAUGCCUCCAGCCUAUCCUCCUUUUGGGCAAGCGCCGGCUACCCAAGCGCCAUAUGGAUAUCCCAACAUCAACAUCAACAUGCAUCCGAGUUCGAGUUUGAAUUCGAAUCCGUACGCGAACAUGUAUCAGCAACAGCAAAUGCCACCGCAUGUGUAUCCGCCUGGUCCGACAUUUACGAAUCAACAAAUGAAUUUCCUUCCCCCGAUGAAUGGACCAAUGCCGCCACAGAUGCAUCCGUCAACGCAUGCAAAUAUGUACCCGCACAUGGCUCCGCCACAUAUGCCAUUAAACACGGAUGCACAAAUGAACUCCAUCGCGAAUCUAUAUCUCUAUCCCUACUAUGAUCCAUACAUGAACAACGCGUACUUAUAUCCGAACAUGGAUCCUAAUAUGCAGCCUAAUCACCCGAACCCUCACUGGCAGCCACCACCCAUGAAUCAUCAUUCAUUCUGUGCACAUCCAUUUCGAGCUCCACCUUCAAUGGGCAGACCGAUGCUUUAUCCAGAUCCUGGGUUGAACGCUAGUGGUCACCGUUUUGGUUACCGUUCCAGCCACGGCCACGGCACCGGUCAGUUCCACUUCCACGGCCAUGGGCAACCACACGGCCACUGCCACGGCCACGGCCCCUUUAAUGGAGAACCGACCAGACAUGGAUCAUACAGCGGACAUUCCACCUACAAGAAACGCGACCACCAUCGCCAACGCUGCCAAACGCCACCUAACCCACCUGUGGAACAAGACCCCACCGCGGAUUUGACUUCCGAAGCGAAUUCGGAUUCGGACACCGUAGUGGGAGUAGAACCAAUGUUGGAUGGCGAGGUAACUCUAAAACUACGGAUGUCCGACAACGUUGAGAUCAUAGAGCAAGUUAACUGCACCGCCAUAGUGGAAAUCGCUGCCGGGGCCAGCGAAAGCGCAGGGUCGGAUGGGAUCUGCCCAGGAUCUUUCAGUGGGGUGACAAUCCAGCAAAUUCCUGUCAGUAAUACCAAUCACCAGAUCGGCGACAACGUGAGCCCGAGCAAAGACACCAACGAGAAGAGUUCUGUUUGUGCCUCCGACAACAAUAAGCCAACAGACCAGCAGACGCAGGCCGAAGGAGAGUCUCGCAGCCAGGAAGAUAACCCUGCCAACGUGGGUCUCGAUGGUACACGGUUCAUGGGCUACGCCGUACACACCGUCGGUGAGGACGACAACUCGGAAGAAUCUAAUCCCCCCCCGCGGGCCACUCUUGCCAGCCGAGCGAACGGUCCCGUACCACUUGAGCCGAUCUCUGUACCGACGAACAACACAGGGCACGACUCUCCUCAGAUGGAGCAAUCCAAUCGGAAUAUGCUGCCCUGCGCCAAUGUGCCGCCGACCGUCAUUGAUGAGCUGCAAUCAUCACCGACCCAGGUGGCCGGGUCCGUUGUUCCGCCAAGACUUGUGAGCGGUGAGGACUCUGUAGCUGGAGAAAGUAUGGGGACUCGCCCGCCAACAUGGCCCUCUCCUCCUACUUUGGAUCGCAGCGAGGAGUUCAUCGGCCCCAGCUUUGGGGGCAUCAAUUUCCCCAUACACGACAAUAAUCCACGCAGAAUUAGCUCAACUGCCACCACAGAAGGCGACUGCAUCAACAUACUCAGCAAUCUGCGAAACUUGAACUACCUGCCCGAUCCAAACGAUACCAUUACCAGCAAUCAGAAUGAAAAUCGACAUGUGGGAUCGAACAUUAAUUAUACUUCGGAUCCAAUGCCGCCGACCGUCAUUGAAGAGCCGCAAUCAUCACCGACCCAGGUGGCCGGGUCCGUUGUUCCGCCAAGACUAGUGAGCGGUCAGGACACUGUAGCUGGAGAAAGUAUGGGGACUCGCCCGCCAACAUGGCCCUCUCCUCCAACUUUGGAUCGCAGCGAGGAGUUCAUCGGCCCCAGCUUUGGGGGCAUCAAUUUCCCCAUACACGACAAUAAUCCACGCAGAAUUAGCUCAACUGCCACCACAGAAGGCGACUGCAUCAACAUACUCAGCAAUCUGCGAAACUUGAACUACCUGCCCGAUCCAAACGAUACCAUUACCAGCAAUCAGAAUGAAAAUCGACAUGUGGGAUCGAACAUUAAUUAUACUUCGGAUCCAAUGCCGCCGACCGUCAUUGAAGAGCCGCAAUCAUCACCGACCCAGGUGGCCGGGUCCGUUGUUCCGCCAAGACUAGUGAGCGGUCAGGACACUGUAGCUGGAGAAAGUAUGGGGACUCGCCCGCCAACAUGGCCCUCUCCUCCAACUUUGGAUCGCAGCGAGGAGUUCAUCGGCCCCAGCUUUGGGGGCAUCAAUUUCCCCAUACACGACAAUAAUCCACGCAGAAUUAGCUCAACUGCCACCACAGAAGGCGACUGCAUCAACAUACUCAGCAAUCUGCGAAACUUGAACUACCUGCCCGAUCCCAACGAUAACAUUACCAGCAAUCAGAAUGAAAAUCGACAUGUGGGAUCGAACAUUAAUUAUACUUCGGAUCCAAUGCAGAUGCCGUCCUCGAUGCUUUUGCCGAUUACAACUUCCAAUUCCAACAUGUUCAUGCGGGCCCCGCAAAACACCAGUCCCAUAAAUCGUAUGAUGCGGAUGCCGCUUCCAACACCAACUGCUGACUCCAAUGUCAUGCGAUUAAAUAAUAUGAUGCCGACGCUGAUGCCUAUGCCCCGUCCAAUGGAAAUUUCUGAAACUGAUCUCAGCGCCGUUUUCAUGCAGCCGAGUAGUCUGCUGAUACCGAGGCCAAUACCGGCUCCGAUGCCCACUCCCGAGUCCAAUGACAUGGUGAUAGAUGAAUUGUCCAUGAUCCCGCUUCCGCUUCCGAAUCCCCAAUCCCAUAUCGUUGUGUCCGAUAGUACAGGCGAGAGAGAAUUAUUCGUGCAAGCCACAAGAAGCCUUCCGCUUCCCAUGCUUAGUUCCACUCACAAUGUCAUGGCGAUCCCGGAUAAUGAUCGUGGCGCAAGCAACGAUGCCGUGCAACCCGAUAUCUCUACGAAUCCUUCGAUUUCAAUACCAGUACCGCCCCACAUGCCUCUUCCCAGGCCCAUUGGCAUGUUAAUGCCUGAAACGGAUCGUAGCGAAAAUAACAACGUGUUCAUGGAUGCCGAGAUGCCACUACCGUUUUUGAUUCCACCACGUAAUGGAAUGGGGAUGCCAUUGCGUCCGGAUCGGUCGCCUAUGCGUCGGAUCUUCUACCAAAUGGCGCACAACCUAAAUAUUUUGAAUUUGAACGGGACUGUGCAACCUCCCUCGAGGGAAAAUUUCAACAUAAACUUUGGCUUUGGCUUGAGUCUGGGAUUGCCAUUGGAUAUGGACGUAGGUGUGCCGCCUCCUGACCUGAUGCCAGAAAUUAUACCCAAUCUGAACGAGACGUUAUCCAUCGAAGGAGGAGAAGCAAUCGUAAUUCCAGAUAUCGACGUACCAAUCGCCCCCGCAACAGAAUCUUCAGUCAAUUCUACCCAUCUUGACCCAAUGCUCCUGCCGGUGUUUGAAGAGGAGCAGAGUGGUAGUGAUCCAUCCUCAAGUGACGAGAUCAUCUUAAGCACAGAGUCCUCGCCCAGAACCAUAUCUUCUAGCUGGACGACUGAGGAAGAACGAUCCAUCACCGGCACAGAAUACCUGGAUAUCAACGGGCCCACCAAUACCAAAACAGAAUCCCCAGUGAACAACACUACUGACAGCCCAAUAGACCAGACGCUUGGGGGAGAUCAUUACAGCAUUGAUCAUGGUGCCAGUAAGGAGUCAGCAGAGCACAGCCAUAUUGGUGAACACUUCAGGGAGAACUCAACUGCAAUGGGUAUGGCGUUGCAGCAAAAGGAUAGCAACAUUGUUCCGGAUUUAACGCUAAUGCCUUCGACGACGGAAGAAUAUAGGAGCAGCAUUGAUCAGGACUUGACAUUAGUGCCUCCGACGAUUGAAGUAUAUGGUAGCAGCGUUGAUCAGGACUUGACUCUAAUGCCUUCGACGACAGGAGAAGAUGGAUGCAGCAUUGUUCUGGACUUGACAUUAGUGCCUUUGACGAUUGAAGUAGAUGGAAGGAGCAUUGAGCAGGUCUUGACAUUAGUGCCUUCGACGACGGAAGAAGAGGGGUGCAAAAUUGAUCAGGACUUGACAUUAGUGCCUUCGACGACGGAAGAAGAUGGGAGCAGCAUUGAUCUGAACAUGACAUUAGUGCCUUCGACGAUGGAAGAAGAUGGGAGCAGCACUGAUCAGGACUUAGCAUUAGUGCCUUCGACGACAGAAGAAGAGGGGUGCAAAAUUGAUCAGGACUUGACAUUAGUGACUUCGACGACGGAAGAAGAGGAGUGCAACACUGAUAUUGACGAACCCAUCGCCACCGCAACCACAGUUGACGGGACCAUUUACAACCCAUCUCUUUUCAACGGAUCCAUGAUAAGCACAGAAUCCACGUUUAGUCCCACCUUUUGUAGCAGGACGACUGGGCAUGGGCCCACCGAUACCAGAACAGAAUCCCCAGUGGAUAUCACUACUGACAGCCCAAUAGAACAGACGAUUGGGGGAGAUCAUUACAGCAUUGAUCAAGCCGCCAGUGAGGAGUCAGCCGAGCAAAGCCAUAUUGAUGAACACUCCAGGGAGAACUCAAUACCGAUGGGUCUAGCGUUGCAGGAAGAGGAUAGCAACAUUGCUCUGGACUUGACUCGAAUGCCUUCGAAGACGGAAGAAUAUGGCAGCAGUAUUGACGAAUCCUCAAGCGAGAGGUUUACUCCACCGGUAGAAAAUACCAACAUGGAUCAAGCAGUAAUUGGAAACUGCACUCAAGACUCCACAGAGGAUUCCGCGGCUAAAAAAGAUAUCGCAUCCCAGUAAAGACACGUCUAAACAAACACUAACAUCUACAGACUGAACAACAAAGCGAGCUUACUAAAGCGGGUUACUAUAUUUUUAAGUUUAUUUUCAAAAUUUGUUUGUAGUUUUUAUAUCUCCAUUUGGACUCGUACCACAAUAUGCCUUUUUAUCUGGUGCACUAUCCACCAUAGCGAGCAAAAACAAGCGAGAUCAGAUAGAUCCAACCUUUGAGACUGGCACCAGGGACCUGAUCCACAAUCGACACUCA